GACAUUGGUGCUUGCAAGUGUAGGCUUAAAGACAAGGGUCCGUCUUGCCAGCCAUCGCCCAAGCCUCCUUUCCUCCAUAGCGGAGGGUGACUCACCCUCGGCACAAGACCUGUAAGUGGCUCCAACUUGAAGGAAGCAGUCCAGCUGUGGUCUUCCUGCAGCGGGGAUUGGUUGUCCGCGGGCUGCGAGGACCGCCACCGAGCGGGCGAGGACUGCGCGGUUUGGAAGGGAGAAGAAAUUUCCCCCCUCGCUCAACGGCACGACUAAGCGGUAGCAACCAGCAUCAGGUAGACAGCUGAGACCUGAAGAUACAGAGGCAGAUGGUGAGGCUGAUGCAGAAGAUGAUUCGAUCAGUGAAGUGACAACUGAAAGUAUAAGACCAAGGCCACAAGGAUCUUCUCCAGUGUAUGAAUAUUGUAUAGAAGAUGAAUAUUUUAACAAAAAGCUUCAGCAAGAUAUAGAGAACAGACAAAGAAGAGACUCCACCUUCAAAAUGAGUGAUUCACAGGAAUCUAUGGAAGUGACGUUACAAACCGAAGUGGAAUCUGGAGCAAGUGGAUUCAGUGUCGCUGGUGGGGGAGCCGAAGGCAUAUUUGUGAAGCAAGUGCUCAAGGAGUCCCCAGCAUCAAACCUAUUUAGUCUAAAAGAAGGUGAUCAGCUUUUGAGUGCCACAAUCUUUUUUGAUAAUAUCAAAUAUGAAGAUGCACUUAAGAUAUUACAGUACUCUGAGCCAUACAAAGUACAGUUCAAUCUUAAAAGAAAACUUCUUGGGAAAGAUGAGCUGGAAGCAGUACAUUCUGCAACACAGUCCAAAAAGGAAAAAUUAAGUCAGGGAAUGGAUACAAUGGAAAUAUCUGAGAAGACAAUCUCGGAGGAAGAUAGAACAAACUUAAUUGUAAAACAAAGAGUGGGAAGACAAAAAAGAACCAAAAAGGAUAGACUCUCAUGGCCAAAAUUCCAGUCCAUUAAGGGAAAGAAGAUUUUGGGACAUAGAAGAUCUCGAAGUACAUCAGAUGCAUAUGAACAUGGAAUUCCAGAUGUUUCUCCUACAAGCACAGAUACAGAAUCACAAUUCCAGCCAGAAGAAAUUCAUGGAAAAAUUAAAAAACAAAGCCAAAAGAAACUAAAGUUUCCAGCUAUUGGAUUUAAGAUGCACAAAAAACAAGAACCGUAUGAAAUAAAUCCAUUCAAAGAAUAUGAGAAUGAUACUACAGUGGAACUCUCAGAGAUAAUGACAAGAGAGUAUACUCCAUUAGAUGUAGACAGAAAACCAAAAGAAAAAGAGCCAAAAAGAGGUGUAUCAGAAACGGUAUUUCCACUUCCACAACAUACAAGAAAAUACCCUGAUGUUGAACUAACUAUUACAAAAUCCAAAGAAAAGAAAUUAAAAUCCAAUUUAGAAUUUACAAAACAAGAACCUACAGUUGCAACAACACAGAUGAAAACAGCAGUUAUUCAAACAAAAGAUAUUGCAGACUCUCAGAUCAAAGUUUCACAAAAUAUUCCAAAAAUGAGGAAGAAAAAGCAAAAAGAUUCAAAAGUACAAACUGAAACCCAAUAUCAGAAAGAGGACAAAGGAAAAGAACCAAAUAUUGCUAGCAAGUAUGCAUUACCACAAAUUGAAAGUCCCAAAGUUGAGGUGGACAUCAAAAUACCUAAAAUGGAUUUAUCCCUUCCCAAAGCUGACCAUAAGGCUACCAAACCUGAGCUUAAGAUGGAAGAAAUUGCUGCUGAUAUAAACAUCUCAGAAUUGGACAUAAAGUCAAAAGCACGUCAGGAAAUUUUGGAAUUGAAAACAACAGAUCAAGAAACAAAUAUUACAUCAGAUGAAAUUCCUGCAGAUGGCUCAGCCAUUACACUGCAAGAUGACGAGAAUAAGUUCAAAAUGUUAAAAUUACAAAUGCCCAAGUUUGGGAUAUCACUUCCCAAGCAGAAAGUUAUUCCACUGGGAGAACUCUCCAUAUCUUCCGUGGAAGCAGACUUCCCCAAAACUGCAAUGAAAACGGAACUCACAACUGCAGAGAUUGAAGCUGACAUUAAGUUGACAGACGUGCAGAUAGAGGCCCCCAGUCUGGAUAUGGAGAUUGGAGAGAACGGCAAAAUCAAAAUGCCUUCACUGAAGAUGCCUAGUGUCAAAGUCGCCAAACUUAAAGCACCAGAAGCAGGAGUCUCCUUGCCAAAGGUUGAGACUGAUGUCACCCUUCCCAAAGGAAAAGCUGAAGUGCCUGAAGGUGCAGCAGCCAUAAAAUUGCCAGAGGCUGAAGGCACCAUCGACGGGGGAGGACUAAAGAUGCACAUGCCAAAGUUCAAGAUGCCCAGUAUGGGAUUCUCCAAACCAGAUAUCAAGGGUCCCAAAGUCGAUGUGGAUGUCAGUAUGCCUAAAGUGGAAGCUUCUCUUCCUGAAGCUGAGCUCUGUCCUGCCAAACCUGAGCUGAAAUGGGACAAACCUCUGGGUUACAUUGAUAUGGCUGCCCCUGAAAUAAUAAUUCCAACUGGGCAAGUUUCUUUGGAAGUGAGAUGUCCUCGCACUGAAAUCAAGCCUCCUUCCUCUAUGGCUGUGCAAGUGCCUGAUGUUCAACUUGAAAGUGGGGAUAGUAAAUUCAAAAUGUCCAAGGUCCAAAUGCCCAAAAUUGGAAUUUCAAGACCCAAAGGAAAAGGUUUUUCAGAUGGAGAAGUUACCAUACCUUCCAUGGAAGGAGGCCUUCCCAAAACAGGACUUAAAAUGGAAAUCACUUUGCCUUCUUCAGAGCUUGAAGCUGACAUUACUGUUCCAGAAAUGAACAGGGAGGCCCCAAUCCUAGAUGUGGAAGUUGAAGAGAAAGGCAAGAUCAAAACUCCUCGGGUGAAUUUGCCUAGUGUGAAGCCCCCCAAGCUCACUGCACCAGAAGUUGACAUCUCCCUUCCAAAGGUUGAGGGGGAUGUCUCCCUUCCUAAAGCUAAAGCUGAGCUGCCUGAUUCUGAGGCUGCUAGCAAAGCGGCAGAAGCAGAAGGUAGUCGUGAGAAAGGCAGGAUGAAAAUACACAUGCCAAAGUUCAAGAUGCCCAGUAUGGGAUUCUCCAAAUCUGAUAUCAAGGGCCCCAAAAUAGAUUCUGAUGCCAGCAUGCCUGAUGUACACACCUCUCUUCCAAAAGUUGAGCUCAGCACUACAAAACCCCAGCUUAAGACAGAUGAAUUCGAGGGCGACAUCAGAAUAGCAGCCCCUGAAGUAAAGAUUCCAUGGGUCCCAGUCACUGUGGAGCUGCAAGCUCCCGGUGUAGAAGUACAAGCUUCUUCAGGAAAAAUUCCAGAUAUUGCUAUUGGCCUAUCCAAGGAUGUUGACGUUCCCCAGCUGAAAACAACAGCGGAUAUUAUUGAUAUUGCAGUGGAAGCUUCAACACUUGAAAUGGAGUCUGAUGUACUUGGUGAAAAAAAGGAUGUUUUGGAACAGAAAAUAAAAAUGCCCCAAAUUAUUAGAGCUGAUGUGAAGACUUCAGCAGUAGGCAUACCAUCUGUUGAUAUUUCUGUCACACAGUCAGAGGUAAGCACUCAGGAUUUACAUGGUGCAGCUAAGGAGCCAAAAGCUAAGGGACAAAUAACUAAGAGAGAAAGUUUAGAUGGAGAAGAAAAAGGACAUUUCAAAAUGCCAAAAUUCAAAUUGCCAUCAUUGAGCUGGUCCCCUAAAAAGGAAGCAAGCCUUAAAACAAAUAUAAAAGAACCUCUACAAGAAUCUAAUCUUGGUAUAGUAUCAGUUGAUACAGGCACAGAACCAAAAGUAACUCUUUCAGAAGAUCAAGGAGCUCAUACUGAUGGAAAUGUAGACAUAGCCACCAAAAAAAGUCAAGUAAAAAGACCUCAUUUAAGUAUGCCCAAAAUCUCACUGUCUAAGACAAAGCUACCAAAAGCAGAAGUAGAUACAGUAGUGGAAGGUGAUGGAGCUUUGGUGCAAAUACCUGACAUAGAAAACAGUUUUACUACAAGAAAAGUAGAGGAGACAGAAAUAAGUGUAAAAAUGCUGAAAGGUGACAUCAAAGAAAUCAAAACAUUCCAGACAGAUCCAGAUAUCAGCUUACUCAAAACUGAUACUAAGGUGUCCAUGACAAAAAGUUCAUUUGAACAGAAAUGUUUAGAAACAGAGUUCAAAGGUGACAUUUGUUUGGACAGUGCAAGUGUGAAGUCUGAUGGUACAGAAGGGGAGUUUAGGAUGCCAAAACUGAAAAUGCCAAAGUUUGGAAUUUCAGAUCUGUCAGAAAGUGAAAUUUCAGAUCUGUCAGGCAGUGGAAUCACUUUAUCAAAACCUGAAUCUGAUGCUUCUCAGUUUCAAAUGACUACAGAAUCUGAGGAACUUGGUGGAAAAACUCAGCCCUUACAAGUUAAAAGUGAUGAAGGAACUUCUGAAGAAAUUCAGACUGAGGAAUCUCAGAGUUGGUUUAAAAUGCCCAAAUUCAAAAUGCCUUCAUUUGGUCGCACUUCAAAGGCAAAAAGAAGUGGUGCUGAAAUUGAAGACAUCACUGGAGAAGCUCAUGUUACUGAAUUACAAGCUGAAGUAAAAUCUCCUGAAGUUGUAACCAUCUCAAGGGAACUUGACAGUGAAAAAAACACCUCAGAACAAAAAGUCAUGCUUCCUAAAGAGGAUGUUAGAGUACAGAAAGAACAGCAGUCUACCACUGACCAAUUAAUGGAUGAAGGCAGUUUUUUACAGUCCUCAGAAAAAAUUGGCAGGAAAUCUAGUGACCUGGAACACAAAACAUAUGCUGAUAUAGUUAAAGAUGGUGCAGAAGGACAAAGUUCUCAAACUGAGUUCAGUGGCACUAUCCCAAAGAUGGAUAUUGAUAGAAACAUCCCUAAAACUAAGAUGACUAUUCAGCAACCCCAAGUCAUACCAGACAUUAUGGCAGUGGCUGAGAUACCACCUACUGAAAUUACUAUGGAAAAGAAAAUUGAUGCUUCUAUUACAGACCCAGAACCUUUGCAAAGUCUUGAUAGACAAGCUGAAGAAAUGGGGGCUGAAAAGAAGUCACCAAAAAAGGAUUCUCAGGGAAAAGAAAGUAUAUUCAAAAUGCCAACAUUCAGUAUGCCUUUGUUUGGGUGGUCUACCACAAAGAGUGAUGCCAUUGUUCCUGGUAUUGAAUCUGACCUAGAAGAGCCUGCUGUUACUCUUUCCAAAGUUAAAGUAGGUGUUUCAAUCACUGAUGAAGACUUUGAAAUCAUUGAUUUCCCAGUUGAGGGCUUUGAAAAAGAUUUGCCUAAAGAAGGUGAAGUGAAAGCAGAAGAGAAAGAGAAAACAAGUAAAAUGAAAGCAUCUAAAUUCAAGAUACCAAAAUUUGCCAACUUGCGCAGUAAAUCUCAGGGUGGAGAAAUGCAGGUUGAUUCACCAAAAGUGCAGACGGAGGUGUCAUUAGUUAGACCUGAGGGAGAAACGUCAGGAAUCCAAUUUCAGGAUAAAAAACUUGGAGAUGCAGAAGAAAGUUUCCAAAAGCCCAAAUUCAAAAUGCUCAAGUUCACACAUAGAAUUUCUGAAGGAGAAAAACUGACUUCAGAAGAGACAGUGGAUAUAAAGGAUACUGCCGAUGGUGAUAUUUCUCAAUUGCAGUUCAAGACUAUGUUCCCUGAAGAAAAAGGAGAUGAUAUUCAAAAAUCAAAAGCCAGAAUUACAACAUUGUCUGAACCUGCCAUUCAGAGACCACAAGUUGGAAGUAAAUUCCAAUCUACGGACUCUUCUUUUGUGGGUACAACAAUGUAUGUGCAUAAACAAGUGCCAAAGGAAUUUAGUGCUGAAUUUCUUAAAGAGAAAAUGGACACUAUGGACAGUAACAUUCAAAAGUCAAUCGCUAAAAUUACAACACUGAAGGAGCCAGAUAUUCAAACAGCACCACUUGAAAUUAAACUUCAGCCUGAUGAUCCAUUUAGUUCAAGUGAAACAGUGCAGGUUAAAGGAUCAAUCACUGAAAGUAAAGAAAUAAAGAUGGAAAGUAAAUCUAGCUUUGGCUGUGGUGAUAUUGCUGAAAUACAGGAAUCCUUCUCCACUCAAAUAGUAAAAGAAUCUGAGAUUCCUCCAUCAGAAGUUAAAACUGCUGCUUUUGGAUUUUCACUUCUCAAAGUGAAAAUCCAGGAAUCACACGUGAGCUUAGAUGUACCCGUUAAGUUAUCUUCUACAAAAUGUAUGGGUGAAAUAUUUGAGGAUAAGGAUCAUCAACUUUCAGGUACAGGAGAAGCAGCACAAAAGGCUGAUAAAGAUAAGGAUAUAACUUAUGAAUAUAUUGAAGGGACCUCUUCUGCUGCAACACUGACAACACUUAAAUCCUUUACAGUUGACAUACAGUCUUCUGGUGAAUUUGCAGAGAGUCACUCUGAACCAAUAGAGAUAUCUAAAUCUGCUAUAGAAACUGCAGGAGAAAUGGCAUUUACAAGUAACACUGAUGAGGUCACAGAUGAAAAAGAUAGUAAGAGAUCUGGUGGAUUUAAACUUUGGUUUCCAAGUAUUGGGUUUUCUACAGAUGACACAACAUCAGAGUCAAAACCUGAAGCUCAACAGAAAGUUCAACCUGAUGAUUCAUCCAAAUUAGACAAUGAUACUGCCAAAGAAACUGAAAAAGCAGGAUGGUUUAAAUUUCCUAAGUUAGGUUUUUCAUCUCCAACAAAAAAGAGCAAGGAAGAGGGCAAAGAAAAGGAAACGGAUUCAAAAGAAGGAAAGGGUGAAGAAAGUCCAACAGACAAAAACGAAACUUUCUUUGAUGCUCAGGAAACCUUACCUCUCAAAGAGAAAGAAGAAAAUGAAACCUCAGGUGAUAUACCAUCAGAGCCUAUUGUUUCAUCUUCAGCAAGAACUGAAUUGAUCCUCUUAGAGAAAGGGAAAGCCGAACCCAAACAUACUCCUGAAGACCCAUCAAAAUAAAAUUGUUUCUUCCUACAUAUAAAUAAAAAUACAAUAUCACCUUGAAAAGCAUUUUAAAAAAUCAGAAAUUAAUAUUGCUUUUAUUUCAGCAAAAUAAAUAGAAUGCUACCUUAAAAUGAACUUUAAAAUACUUUAUAUUGCAAUAAUGAUUAUAAGUUCAAGGAAUAGUCUUUCGUGUCUUCACAGAAACAAGUAUUACCUGCAAUAUGAAUACAUGUAUAAGAACAUCCAGACAGAUGAUGGGCCCUACCAUUGAUUAAAGAUAUACAUAGUUCCAAUGAAACUAACCAAGAUACUGUUUGCUAAUUUCUGUAAAGAUAUUCUUUUGCCAGAUCUGUUUUAGAGAAACCAAAGCAAAGCAAGAUAUUAAAUAUACUGUUCUGAAAAUUACAGUGAUUUUGUGUGGGAUUAUUUGCAAAAAGUAGUAAGGAAUUAGUGCUGAGAGAAAUAGAAAUAUAUUUCUCCUUUUUUAAAUUUUAUUUUUAACUACAUUUAUGCUGCUAUCUUAUUAAAAAUAUCAUUCUUAGACUACUCAGAGAUUAUUGUAAACUAGAUAAAUGGAAGUAAGAAUGUAAAUCUUAUAAAAGUUACUCUUUGAGACUUUUUUCACCCAAUACAAUUAAUUGAGUCAGUUAAAAAGAUAACAGCUGGAUUUCCACAUCCUAAAUUUGAUUAAUUUUAAAUUCAUUUUUUUUCUAAUUGGCAUGUGAUGUGAAUCCAAUCUAUUUCUACAAGCCAAGAAAAUGGGUUAAUUCAAUAGCAUGCCUGGUAAAUAAAGCCCAUAUCUUAUCCACAGUUCAGGUGAAUUAUUUGGAGCUACAGCAAUUGUGUAUCUAUUAUAAAUCUAAGUUAUUGCCUAUGGUGACUUAAUGCCAUAUUUUCCAUUAUAUUGUGCUGACAAAGCUUCCAAUUGAUAAAUAUAUCCUAAGCAUUUACCAGAGCAGCCUAUUUAAUUCAAAUUGCUUUUGAAUUGUCUUUAAAAUCAAGAAUCUUAAUGCAAAUAUAUUAAGAUCUUUGUUGGUGCUUCAUCUCAUGAUCAACGGUGUGCCUAGAAGUCAAUAUCCACUCCCUUGUUGCCACUACUUGGGAGUUUUCCAAUCAGAUACAAUAAAAAUAACAUUCUUCAUACAAAAUGAUAAUGCAUUCAGUUAACAACAUAUUACUGCCAAGUAAUAAAGUGAAUUUCCCUGUUUUAAUUUUAACACUUUUAAUCACCAGAUUCAUCAGAUCAAUCUUCCUUAAUAAAAAUAAUCUUUUGAAUCAGUCAAGAUGGAGGUCCUAAAUAAAGGUGUCUGAGGGGGUUUAAUGUCAAGUACUUCAGUGUGAUCCAAUUAUAAAUUGGAAUUCAAAUAACCUGAGAAGACAGGAAUAGUGUGUGGUGUCAUCUUUGAACUACAAAGUAGAAAUAGAAGAGGACAAGUACACAUGGUUUUAAAGGUUUCUUGGACAUGUAUAGUUAUUGUUGGAUUCUGGAUUAUAUGAUUUCUUUUUUUAUAAAUAUAUAGCUAACAAAAUACCUAUUUAAACAUACUAAUUUAUGACAAGAAUGUAGAAUAUAUUCUGGUUAUGCUGCCAAUAUGGAAAUAAAAGCAGUAUUGUUUGUAUUGUGAUAAUCAUUCUGAUUAUAAAGUAAUACUAUCCUAGCCACAUGAGGAUGUGCUUAUCUGACAAUGCUGGAAGUCUUAAAUAAACCUAUGUUUGAGUCA